AAUAAAUUGUUGUUCAUUUUGUGUAAAUUACUGUUCAGAGGCUCACACAAUAUUUACUUGGCUAUUAAAAUGCACAGAAUAGUACAUUUGGAUUUAAAAGGUGCACCGUUCAAAGUACAUUAUUUAGAAAAGGUGAUACUAGCAGCAAAGUCAUGGGGAGCAACAGGCAUCCUUCUAGAGUGGGAGGACACCUUUCCGUACUCUGCAGCAUUGGCAGACAUUGGCAGCGUCCGUGGCAGCGGGGGCGAUGGCAUGUACAGCUUAGAUGAAGUUCGGCAUCUGCUGAGGUUCAUUAAGGAUCAUGGCUUGGAGCCUAUCCAACUCAUCCAAACCAUUGGGCACAUGGAGUUUGUGCUAAAGCACCCGGCUUACCACAGCCUUCGUGAACUAGCUCGCUCGCCGGCCGUGCUGUGUCCGUCCCGGCCUGAAGCCCUACAGCUGGUUAAGAUGAUGCUGGAUCAGACGCUGGACGCUCAGCCCGCAGCGGAGUACCUGCAUAUAGGGGCUGACGAGGUAUGGCAUACAGCGGUAUGUGCAGACUGCCAGAGCCGAGCUGCCAACAACAUUCACAACACCGCCAGCCUGUAUCUAGAGCACAUACGAGAACUGGCCUUAUUCCUUAAGCAGAAGAGGCCACAUUUGACUGUGCUUAUGUGGGAUGACAUGCUGCGGUCAGUUAAAGCUGAGACAUUGAAUGCAUAUCAGCUAGGAGAGCUAGUUCAGCCAGUAGUCUGGCAAUAUAACGCUAUAGAGCACUUCCACAUAGACCCGUCACUGUGGGGGAGCUACCGACAAGUGUUCCCGCAGGUCUGGGCCGGCUCUGCGUUUAAAGGGGCCAAUGGCAGUUGUCAGAUACUGUCCCCAGUUAGAAGGUACGUCAGCAACCAAGAAGCAUGGAGGUUGGAAGUAAAGAAAUAUAGUCACAGCAUCAGCUUCGCUGGAAUCAUUCUGACUGGCUGGUCAAGGUUCGAUCACUACGCGACGUUGUGUGAACUGUUACCAGUUUCGCUGCCAAGUCUUGCAAGCUGUCUAAAGGUGUGGACUAUGGACGACAUGUCUAUAGAUACAGUAGUAAGCGAAGUGCUGCCCCCGGAGCAGUGGCCGGGUUCGGAGCUAGCACGGUGCGUGCACUCUUUCGUCGUGCUCCGCGACCGUGCCUACACACUAGUGCACGGUGACCUAGUAAAAACUUGGCUGAAUCCGUGGCAAAUAGAAAAUGGAUACAUAAAUCCCGUCCAAGUAGAGGGCCUGGCCAUGACCGUCCAGCAUUUACUCCUAGAGCUAACAUCCCUCCAAACCGACCUGACUCGAACCCUAUACGCUGUGACGGGUUCCCGGAGUGCCAGCGAGUGGCUGGCCACCUUCCCCGCCCCCGUGCUCAGACAACUGACGGAGCUGCGCGACGUGGCCGCGGCGGCCGCCAAGGGAGACGCCAGCGUCAGUCCCAGGCCGAAGCACUGCCAUUUGAUGACGCCUACUUAG